ACCUUCACGACAGUAAACAUUCUUAAAAGAAUUGCACAUCUUUAUAACAAUAAUUCCAGAAUUCACUCUCUUUUUGAUAAGAAAACCGGAAUGCAUAAUGAGUGUUAUGAGCGACUUGAGUUAUCAGUCCAUAAGAUCAGCGAAUCAAGCACGUGAAGCUGAUGAAGUGAAAACUGACUCAAGGAAGAAAAAUUUAUUAAUCUUGGUAUUGAAUUAUUUAUCAGAAGCUGGAUACAGAGAAUCAGCCCAAGCUUUGUCAAAAGAAACAAAUAUAGACAUCAGCAGAUAUGAAGUAUGUGAUAAUAUUGACUUGGAUACCAUUCUCAUGGAAUACGAAUCAUAUUAUUUUGUCAAGUUUGCAAGAUAUCCUAAGAUUACAAAACGCUUAACAACACAAAGUGCUGGUGUUAGUGGAAGAGGGGGAAAGGGAAGUUUAGCAAGAAGUAGCAGUGUUAAGACAAAUAGUACACCUCAACUACCCAAGAUUCCCCAGACAGCUAGACCUCCUAGUCCCCCACCUCGACCCAGGUCUGGGACUGGUUCAAAAAAUGUUACUCGUAAACCACCUAUUAAUGCAGCCAAUGGAAAUAUGCAACAGAAUAUGAAUGGUAAUCAAUCACAGAGUAAUGGUGAUGGACUGGCUUUACAAGGACUAACUGUACAAGGUUUACAAAAUAAUCAUACAGAUACAAACACACAUUCUAAUACUCCUGCUAAACCCAGAAAUAAGCCUGGUCAGAUAAUAGAUAUUCGUGCAAUGAUCACUGAUGCCACUAGGAUGAAUGCUGAGGAGGGAUGUGACAGUACAGACCGAGUUUUAAAACCUUUAGGUGGUUACGUUGGUUAUAGUUCAGAAUGGAGAGAAUUAGCACAGGUUAUAAGUAGGGAUAUUUAUUCUCAUAAUCCUAAUGUAAAAUGGGAUGAUAUAAUUGGGUUAGAUGAAGCAAAAAGAUUAGUGAAAGAAGCUGUUGUUUAUCCAAUAAAGUAUCCUCAGUUAUUUCGUGGUAUAUUAUCUCCAUGGAAAGGUUUAUUAUUGUAUGGACCACCAGGUACUGGUAAAACAUUAUUAGCUAAAGCAGUAGCUACAGAAUGUAACACAACUUUCUUCAAUAUAUCAGCUUCUAGUAUAGUCAGUAAAUGGAGGGGUGACUCAGAAAAACUUGUCAGGGUAUUAUUUGAAUUAGCACGUUUCCAUGCUCCGUCAACAAUAUUUUUAGAUGAGUUAGAAUCUCUGAUGAGUAUUAGAGGUUCACAGAGUGGUGGAGGUGAACAUGAAGGAAGCAGACGAAUGAAGACAGAAUUAUUGGUACAGAUGGAUGGUUUAGCUAAAACAGAUGAUUUGGUUUUUCUACUAGCAGCUUCUAACCUUCCAUGGGAACUUGAUCAUGCUAUGUUAAGGAGAUUAGAAAAAAGAAUUCUGGUAGACAUGCCAACAUUAGAUGCCCGUAAAUCUAUGAUUCACCAUUUCUUACCACCAGUAGUAAAUCCUGGUGAAGGAGAUCUAGAAUUACUAUCUGAAUUAGAUUAUGAUCUACUAGCAUCAAAAACAGAUGGUUAUUCAGGUUCAGAUAUCAAAUUAUUAUGUAAAGAAGCAGCAAUGAGACCAGUAAGAAAGAUAUUUGCUGCUCUAGAAGGCCAUUCAGAAGGUGAAUUAUUACAUAUAAGACUUGAAACAAUAACAACUAAAGAUGUUUUAUGUGCAUUAGAAAGGACCAAACCAUCUGCUAAACUAUUAAAACCUAAAUAUGAUGCAUGGCAGAAAGAGUAUGAAUCAGUUUGAUGUUGGAGGAUUUUAGGGAGUGUUUUGUUAAUACCAGUUAAUCUUCCUAUCACUAUAGGUGGGCCUUGUCAAACGCUUGCUUGUUCCAUCCAGAAUUCUAUGGAGAAUUUGCCAUUGUAUGAUGUUUUCAUAUAAGAUAGUGUAAACUUGUUGGAGAACAGUACACUAGUUCCAAGGCAUAAUUGCAGCGAUAAAAGAAAAUCAAAAUACAGCUAUUUGUUGUGACCAGCAAUAAAAUUAAAGCCCAACUCAUUAUUUAUAUGAUAAUAUGUUGACUUAUGUACAUUUUUCUGUUAAUUAAAGGAGAUGUCCCAGAUAUAUAUUUAGCGAAUGAAAUAAUAUUUUUUUUCUUUAUUUGUGCCGGAAGCUUUUCGAAAUGUUUGUGCUAGUCCCAUGUAACUAUCUGAACCUCUGAUAAUUCUUCAAAAAACACACCUGUUUGGUAUCGAUAGCCUACUCUGUACACAAUAGGCAAAAAUUCUUUAUGAGCCAUGAAACCCCAGUUAAACGAUUUUGGCGAUCAUUCCUAUAUGGCUCAAUAUUUUGAACCGGAACUUCAGAUUAGGCUAUUUAUUUGCAUUUUACGGGUGGAUUUGCAUGCUGAAACCUACAAUAUAUCAUAAGCUACCCUGGGACUGCUCCUUUAAGGCAGCACUUGAAAAGAAAAACUAAUGUCCACAUUUCAUUUCUGUGAUAAAAUUGUUUGUGAUAUAUAAAAUUAAGAUAAUAUUUAUAUAUAAAAUUUUAAAUCAGGAGGCUUUGAUAUUCUGCUUUUAUAUUAGUAGAACCAGGUUUUAUUGUAACAACAUUCUGUCCAGUAUUCAUGUUUAAAGAAUUUUUUGUUGAAGCAUACAUUGCUUAUUUAAAUUAUAUAUUUUGUUUUUAUUUAUCAUCUUUUUUAAUUGUUUUGACCAUUGUACAUUAUUUAAUUUAUGACUUAUAGAAAAUAUUUCCAUAAACUUCUUGAAUUCACACAUGUUUAUUUAUUAUAAAACAUUCACAUCUCCUUAUAAGAAAUAGAAUCUCUUUAUUAAAGUCUAUCAGCACAUCAUCUGAAAAAUGUUUAAACAGUUGCUUAGUGAUAUGUUCAGUUCAUACUUUUGCUUUCUUUCUGUGUCUGUGCUGACAAUUGAGAUAACAUUUUUGACUGUACAUUUCCCAUACCGUGGCAAAUAUUAUUGUAUCACCAGCACUUCAAGCACCUAAUAGCAGCAUGUAGUACGCCAAUUCUAGCCCAAGUCACUCAUAUUAACAUUAAUGUUAACCAUUUUAUUGAAAUUAAAUCUUUCAAGUUGGACUUUCAAACAUUUGUAACAUGUGACGUUCAAUUACUUGUUGAGCUGAAGAAGAAAAAGUUACAUGUUAAUUGAUUAAGUCAAAAAUAAAUAAAAUAUUGAUUACCAAAUCGACAGGAUAAAACAGAAAAGAAGAUUAAAAUUAUCAAGUAUUAGGAAAAUACUUUUUGGGGUGUGCAUCUGCUUUAAAGAACCCAGAUUCUAUUUUUGUUAAUGCUCAUCAUCAUGCUUCUUAUAAAGACUGCUACAAACAUGUAUUUUUAAAAGAAUAAAGCUGAAAGUUUC